AUGUCGCUUGCACGCCACUUCUUUCGCGAAUUCCGCCCAUUCUUCCGUAUGUUCGAGGAACCACUAACGCGGUCCCCCGCAUACUACGGCUCACCGUCUCGCGCAUUAUUCGAUGACCCCUUCUUCCAGUCAGCAGGUUUCGGUUUAUCCAGACCUGCGAUUGAUGUGACGGAAGAGGGCAAUGGCUACGUUGUCGAAGCCGACUUGCCUGGCGUGAAGAAGGAGAAUGUUGAAGUUAGGAUCGGUGAUGGAGGUAGGAGCUUGACAAUCGAGGGCAAAUUUACACGCAGGUCCACUGCUCCUGAAACCGACGCAACUGCUCCAGAAAAUACCGAUGCAGCUCCUCAUGAAACAAACGCUGUUGUUAGCCAGCCGACUCAGCCAUCGGGCAAUCAAAUUUCCACUGAACGAAUUUUCACUGGAAGCUCGACGUUCACUCGCACUGUCUGGCUCCCGCGUCCAGUUGAUACACAAAAUGUUGCCGCUAAACUUGACGAUGGCAUUCUGACCGUUCGUGUGCAGAAGGCCGAAGAUAAAGCUAGCGUUAGGAUCCCCAUUGAUUAG